AUGGAUAAAAUUUUCCCGUGUACUUUUGUCAGUUUUAAUUGUAAGAGUAUAAAACGAUCAGCUGAGCAUGUGAGGCAGUUGUGUCAGUCAUCGGAUGUUAUUGCGCUUCAAGAAACGUGGUUAUUUCCACACGAUAUUCAGUUUCUUAGCGAGAUUGAUGACCGUUUCGGCAGUACUGGCACCUCUGCGAUAGAUACGGCGGCGGGCAUGGUCUGCGGUCGACCUUACGGAGGUGUAGCGUUAUUGUGGAAUAAAAGUGUAUUUCAAAAUGUGUCAGUAAUAAACUGUGAUAAUCCGCGAAUAUGUGCGAUAAAAAUAGUGCUGGGUGAUAGGUCCAUCCUAGUGUUUAGCGUAUAUAUGCCGACGGAUACAGUGGUAAAUCUCGCGGAGUUUACGGACUGCCUCAGCUCGGUGAGUGCUAUUAUUGAUAAUAUUAAUAUAGAAUGUGUCUAUAUACUCGGCGACUUUAACGCGCAUCCAAAUGAACGCUUUUAUGAAGAGUUGACGUGUUUCUGUGACGAACAAAACUGGUCAUGUAUAGAUGUACAGUUUUUAGGAGUGAGCGCGGACACAUACACAUUUGUUAGUGAAGCCCACGGGUCGAAAAGGUGGCUAGAUCACUGUAUAACCACGAAAUCUGCGGUAUCGUCUAUUUUGAAUGUUAGUGUAAAGUACGAUGUGUUGUGGUCUGACCAUUACCCUUUAAUAAUUAAAUGUAAUUUGGAUAUUGUUAAACCGAAGUAUACGAGUACAUAUAAAGUUGUAAACGGGAUUCUAUGGGGAAAUAGAAAACCGGAGGAUAUUUUAUUAUACACGAAAUUAUGUCAUGAAAAAUUGAGAUCAAUCGAUUUCCCCGAAGAUUUUCGUUCUUGUAGUGAUUUUACUUGCGAGUCUACCGAUCACACUUUACUUAUCGAUAAAUUAUAUGGCGAAAUUAUAGAUAUUUUGACGGUAGCCGCAACGGAAUCCAACACUGUAAGAUUGCGUGGCGGGAGGCGGCCGGUGGUUGGGUGGAACAGAUAUGUGCGCGAUGCUCACGGGGAGGCCAGAUCUAAAUUUUUAAUGUGGGUUUGGUGGGGUAAACCAGAUAGUGGAGAAGUAUAUGAGGAAAUGCGGCGUAGUCGCAAUGUAUUUAAGUCACGCUUACGCUGGUGUCAAAACCACAGCGAGCAAAUUAAAAUGGACAUUGCGGCUACGCAGCAUUCGAACAAUGACUUUAAGAACUUUUGGAAAUCUACCAAUAAAUUAAAUGGUAGACCUGGCUUACCAGUGAGCGUUGAGGGUAUUAAUGACCAUAGUAUUAUAGCGGGCAUGUUCAAGGACCAUUUUGCGGUGACGUCACCGUUGGGACCAUCACAGCUUGGAAGAGAUGAUUGUACGGGUGGUCAGGAGAUUGAAAUCCGAUUUACAGCAAUGGAUGUCAAUAAUGCUAUAGCCUCUAUGUCCCGUGGCAGGUCUCCUGGCCAUGACGGUCUGAGUAUUGAACAUCUAAGAUAUGCGGGUCCUCAUCUGCCCGGAGUGCUUGCCAUGUUUUAUAACUUGUGCAUGGCACACUCGUACUUGCCUUCAGCGCUGAUGAGAACUGUGGUGGUGCCAAUUGUGAAGAACAGAACGGGGGAUGUGUCUGAUAAAUCCAAUUACAGGCCUAUCUCACUAGCCACGGUUGUUGCGAAGGUUCUUGACAGUUUGCUUAGCGUCCACCUUGAUAAAUAUAUAAGCUUACAUGAUAAUCAGUUUGGUUUCAGGCCAGGUUUAUCAACUGAGUCGGCCAUACUAUGUCUGAAGCAGACUGUUAAGUACUAUUCGGUUAGACGUACAUCUGUAUAUGCCUGUUUUCUCGACCUUAGUAAGGCUUUUGACCUGGUAAGUUACGAUAUCCUAUGGCAGAAAUUGAAAAAUACUGGACUGCCUGAAGAAGCAACCAGAAUCUUCAAAUAUUGGUACCGUAACCAGGUCAAUGUUGUGCGAUGGUCCGAAUCUUAUUCGCAGCCAUAUAGGUUGGAGUGCGGAGUUAGACAGGGAGGCCUAACCUCCCCUAAGCUCUUCAACUUAUAUGUCAAUGCCCUCAUAGAGGAGCUCAGUGGCACACAUGUCGGUUGUCACAUUGACGGAGUAUGUCUUAGCAACAUCAGUUACGCUGACGACAUGGUGUUGCUGAGUGCUUCUGUUUGUGGCUUAGCGAAACUGUUGAGCAUAUGUGAAAACUAUGCUCACAGUCACGGCCUUAUUUAUAAUGUGAAAAAAAGCGAAUGUAUGGUCUUUCAGGCCAAGGGAAAAGCAUUACCAUCAAUUGUACCACCCAUUAAAUUAUAUGGUACGCCGUUAAAGAGGGUGUCGCAAUUUAAAUAUCUUGGUCAUGUGGUAACCUUUGACUUGAAAGACGAUGCUGAUAUCGAGAGAGAGCGCAGAGCAUUGUCGGUUAGGGCGAACAUGAUAGCUCGCAGGUUUGUUCGUUGUUCCACCCCGGUUAAAGUAACGCUCUUUAGAGCUUACUGUACUUCAUUUUACACAAGCAGCCUGUGGAUCGAUUUUACGCAGAAACAGUACAAUGCUCUGCGCGUUCAGUACAAUAAUGCUUUCAGGAUGCUGAUGGGACUGCCUCGAUGCUGCAGUGCGUCGGGUGUGUUCGCUGAUGCGCAUGUUGAUUGUUUUCACUCGACCAUGCGCAAGCGGUGCACAUCCCUGGUGCGCAGGGUUAGGGAUAGUCCCAGUGGCAUCCUGAGGGCAUUUGCUGACAGACUGGAUUGUCAGUACCUGAACCACUGCCGUAUGGUUCACGUGCUGACAAAUCAGGGCUGUAUUAGAUAUAAGAUAUAG